UGUAUAUUCUUGAAAGACACUGACCUCUAUUGAUUCCUUCUAUCACCACACCAUGGUCCACAUUCCUCCAUUCGAAGUCACUAUUUGGAUCGAACAAUUAGAAGAUGGAUGUAAAUAUGACCUGGCGACCACCUGCGCAUCGAGCAUCUCCCUCGAUGAGCUGGAAGAGCUGUCCGUCGACCCAGCCACGACCUCUGCCAUGCUCUCGCCGCGCUCCCUCAAAUUGAGCUAUGGCCCCAUGCGCGGAUCGGACCGGCUGCGCCAGAACAUCGCGGCCCUGUACCGCUCGCCCACCGUGACGCAGGAGAGCAUCCUCACGACCAACGGCGGGAUUGUCGCCAACCAGAUCGUCCUGCAGGCACUGCUCUCGGCCGACGACCACGUCGUCGUCAUGUAUCCGACCUACGAGCAACUGUACCAGACGCCGCGGAUGCUCGGGGCCGAGGUUACUCUGUGGAAGCUGACACCUUCAUCUUCCCCAGAGGACAAAUGGGAAUGGACGCUAGACCUCGCCUUCCUGCGCUCCGCGAUCAAACCCAACACCAAGAUGCUGGUGCUGAACAGCCCCAACAACCCAACAGGAGCGCACCUAUCCGCCGACAUGCAGAAACAGAUCCUCGCCAUCGCCGCGGAACACGAUCUGAUCGUCUUCUGCGACGAGGUAUUCUACCCGCUCUUCCGCAUGGAAGACCCCCCCUCAUCCUUCCUCGACCUGAACUACGACAAAGCCAUCGUCAUCGGCUCGCUCAGCAAAGCCUACAGCCUCGCCGGCACCCGCACCGGGUGGAUCGCCUCCGCCAACUCCGAGCUCCUCGACCGCUGUGCCGCCAUGCGUCACUACACGACCAUCAGCGUCUCGCAGAUCGACGAGGCCAUCGCCGCCGAGGCCCUGGCGGACCGAUGUCGGCUGCCGCUGCUAGCCCGCGCGAACCGCCUGGCCACGACCAAUAUCCACGCUUUGGAGACAUUCGUCGAGGAGCAUCGCGGGCGGUGCUCGUGGAGCAAGCCGGUGGCUGGGACGACUGCCAUGCUGCUGUUUAUGCGUGAUGGGCGGCCCGUGGACGAUAAGGAGUUCUGUUUGCGGUUGCUGCGGACCACCGGCGUCCUGCUGUGUCCGGCCAGUGUCUGUUUCGGUGACGGGAAGGAGAGUGCCGAUUUCCGGGGGUUCGUGCGCGUCGGGGCCGCGAUCGAUACCGCGGAGAUGGCGGGGGCGCUGCGGGAGAUGCGGCGGUUUAUGGCGGAGGGGUUUGCGGAGGUUCCGUUGGCGCCGGCUUGAUUUUCUUCUUGUUCUGUUUUUUUUCUAUAACAAAAAAGUGAAUCCCAG